AUGGAAAAAACUGAACAACUUCACGAGAAAUCUACAUUACAUGAUGAUCAUCUUGAAAUAUUUAGUCUUCUGUGGAUUAGGAAUGAAGUUAACAAAAAUGAGAAAAAUCAAAAUAAUGAACAUAAAUUACGUGCAAUUAUUAAUUAUUUGAAAAUAUUUGAACAUAUUGAUGAAUGUCAACAAUACAUUCAAACAAUGUCAAAAGAAGAUCGUUCUGUUUUAAUCGUUAAUGAUCAAUUUAGUCGUGAACUAAUACCAACUAUUCAUAAUCUUUGUCAAAUAUCUUCUAUUUAUAUUUAUUGUUCUAAUGAAAACAAAAACAAGCAAUGGAGUAAACAGUUUCCUAAGAUUAGAGCCAUAACUAAUCAAUUUGACGAAAUUCUUACUCGAAUUGAAGUCGAUCAGAAGAUACGAAUGAAAAUAGAAGAACCGUUAUCAAUUAAACCAUUGAAUGUUGACGAUGAAAUAAAUCUACCGACAAAAAAACUUGAUGAAUCUUGCAUUUAUUUUCAAACUCUUAUCGAUAUUUUACUUCGAAUACGAUCUAAUGGAGAAGAUAUAAAUGAACUUUUUUAUCUUUGUAAGAAAGAAUACAAGGGUAAUAGAAAUCAUCUAGCUCUUCUUCGAGAAUUUCAACAAAAUUAUUCAUCUAAUGCAGCAGUACAAUGGUACAUUCAUAGACCAUUUUUACAGAAAAUAUUAAACAAAGCUUUUCAAUUAGAAAACAUUGAUAUACUCUAUCUAUUUCGUUCAUUUAUUCGAGAUAUUUAUCAUCAAUUAAGAUACAAUCAAUAUCAAUCACCAGUUCGAUUAUAUAAAGGUCAAUUAAUGUCAAAAAAACAAUUGAAUUACUUAAAAAAGUUCACUGGAAAAUUAAUUUCUGUCAAUUCAUUUUUAUUAACAAGUACUGAUAGAGAAACAGUCAUCAAUGAUUUAGAAGAAACGACUCCUUCAAAUAACAUGCAAAAAGUAUUAUUCGAUAUUGAUGUUGAUCCUGGAGAAGAUAUUUCAAUACCUUUUGCAAAUAUAAACUUAGAUUAUGAUCAAGAUGAUAAUAAGAAUAUAUUAUUUAUGGUCGGCUCUAUUUUUCGACUUGUUAGUAUUUCUUAUGACAAAGAUAAAAGAUGUAUCAUUAAAAUAAAAUUAUGUAAUGAAAAUGAACCAGAUUUACAACAACUGUUUGAAAAUAUGAGAAAAGAAAAUGGAUAUGGAGAAACAAAUCUUCUUGUAUUAGGAAUGAUAUUAAGAGAUAUGGGUAAAUUUGAUCUUGCUGAAAAAUAUCUAUUUCGUAUGCUCAAACAACUUCCUCCUAAUGAUCCAUUACUUGAUGCUUUGUAUCCUGCACUUGGUUUAAUAGCAAAAGAUAAAGAUGAUUAUGAUAAGUGUUUACGUUGGUAUCGUAAAGCAUUAAAGAUUUACAAGGUAACUCGUCAAUCUGAUUAUCUUACUAUUGGUGAUACAUACAAUACUAUUGGCAUGAUUUAUCAUGAUAACAAAUAUCAAUAUGACAAGGCAUUAGACUAUUUCAAUAAGGCUAUUUUACUUUUCAAACAAUCUGAUGCUGAGAUGCAUCCAAUAAUGGCUAAACUUUAUGAUAGUAUUGGAGCUGUUCACGAAGACCAAAGAAAUUAUUCUCAAGCACUUAUAUAUUAUCAAAAAUCGCUUAAUAUUAAGAAAAAACAUCUUCCUACUAAUCAUCUUGGUUUCAGUGUAUCAUAUAAAAACAUUGCUGCUGCUAAUGGAUAUCUUGGACAUUAUGAUACUGCAUUAGAAUUCUACAAAAAAGCACUCGACAUUCAGAUGAAAUCAUUUUCACUAAAACAUCCUGAUAUUGCUGUUACAUAUGCAAAUAUGGCUGCUAUAUAUGCUGCUAAGAAUCGAUCACAACAAGCAUUAACCUACUGGCAUAAAGCAAACGAUAUCUUACGUAAUACACUAUCUCCACAACAUCCAUUAGUUAUUAAAAUUGACGAGGAAAUUCGACUUGCUGCAUCAAAAGUUACAAACCAUGAACCAAUAAAAAAGACAGAACGAAAACGUGUAACAGCAACUUAA